AUGAGCCAAUUCAUGGAGUUGAACGUGCUGGAGGCACUUGGGCGGUUGGCGGAGGGCAUCUACCGCCUACGUGGAUACGCCGAACUCAACCACGCGGCAGUGUUCAAAAUACUGCGCAAGCACGACAAGAUCUUGAAGCGUGAAGAUGGCAUUACCUUGAAGUACCCGUUCAACAUCGAGAACACAAUUUUCGCGGACAUGGGCGCUUUUGAAGCCCUGGACGCCAGCGUUCGACAGGCCUUCCAAAAUCGCUCUGCAUCCGCAGAGCCCGGGAUCUCUCCCGAGGAGCUGUCGAAAUGCGAUGCUCAAUGGAUCGAGCAGCUCUUGGAGGAGCGUGCGGCCGAGAUCCUGUUUAACGGCGUGGAGAGGACGGAGCCGGCCUCCGAAGAUGGUUUGAUCUACUUAUACUUUCCUGCUCUGGAGAUCGGCCCCUACAGCACCCAGGUGCGCAUGACAGUCCGGAUCAGCCUCCUGCCGCAAAGGGCCGAGGUGCAGGUCUUGGAGAUCAACCCGGGUCUGCGGGACAAGAGAACUGGCAGCGUCGAGUACCAGAAGGCAGCCUGGUACUUGAUUUCAAAGGGCUCGAAGAAAAUGGUUCAGGGUGGCUGCCGGGACCAGAUCUGUCGACCUUCCACGGGUUUGCCGGGCAGCCCCCAUCCCUUGAACUGGGAGGACUUGGAUAAGCUGCUCGAGAUCGUGCUUCGUUGGCAAGAUGAUCCGCGUUCGGACGACCUGCGCAUAGUGCAGCAGGCCCUCCAGCGGUUCAAGUACUAUUUGCCUGGAUGGUUUCCGGUGCCAGAUUCGGUCACAGAAGCCGUUCUCAGGACCUUCAUCACCAGUGCGAUCAAAGCCGGCCAGGAUGAGGUCUUCAGGGCACUUCAGAAAGAAGCAGCUGUCGCGCUUUUGGCCGCCGGCCUUGGGAAGCGUUCUGCGACUACGGCCGGCCUCCAGGGCCCCGCCCUGCGAGCUGAACGGCUGCUCUUUUUCUUCAUUGGGUUGUCCUUGGCGCUUGUGCUGGCGAUAAUCGUGCUGAUGGCGUUGCCCGCCAAAGACCCCGCCACGUUCUCGCGGGACUAUUUCCUUUGCAGCUUUCCAGUGUUCAGAGUUUGCCUUAGUCUCGUCUUGGUGAUCGUUGGGAUGGCCACCGUGGCCCGCGUUUGUCCGGACAACUUCGUAAAUCAUUUUUUCAUCUUGACCAUCGACCCAAGAUGUCGAAUUAGUCCAAACUUCUUGUUCAGCUGGGCCAUGUUGCUAAGCUCAGCUUGGAUCCUCAUCUUCGGCAUGUAUGUCGUUGAUUACAAGUGGAUGGUCCUUCCUCUGUCGUGUGCAAUAUUGAGCCGGAAGCAAUGUGAGUUUCAGAUGGCACCCAGGCGACGGCGCUGGUGCUGCUGUUGCUGCUGCCAUUCGUCCACCGAGGCGGCUGCUGAGUCGUCAGAGGCCUCUUCCGAGGAAGAUGAUGACUUCUGGCAAGAGUAUGAGCGACGCGAGUUUGACUCGUUCGCGUUCCCCCCCGCAAAGCUGUGCCCAGCCUUGUGCUCUUCUACUCGGGCAACCAGCAGUUCCGGGGAUGAGGAAGACGGCCUUCCACGUCGCCGGUACUCGGCACAGAAGCACUGUUGGGACCAAGCUGAUGGUGCGGGAAUCAAGGUUCGGGGGCCGGAUUACUUGCGUGACAAGAGGAAAUGCCAGACUGAGAGCCCAAUGCUGGCUCUGAGUUUCGUGGACAUUUUCCGUGGCCGGGAUCUGGAAUGCUUCAGCUCCAGCCACAGAAGCCAGCCGCGAGAUAAGUCGACCUUCUUGCUCGUCCUGAAUUUCCGCCUGCCGGACUCGCAACUGGUGGCGUGCUGGUCGGUCCCGCAGGAUGCCGAGUGGUCGGACUCACGGCAGGGCAGACUCCUUCAGAGGUUCCUACAAGAGAUGAGUGCACCCGAGCGCGACAAGCGCCUGAAGCUCAUAGCACGAGUUCUCGAGGGCUCCUACAUGCUGAAGCAGGCAGUGGGCAGCAAGCCGGCCAUCAUCGCCAAUCAAUGCAGAAUCACGUACUUUGCGCAGAAGGACUUCUUGGAGGCUUCCGUAGACAUGGGGGACUCCUCCAUGGGCCGCCGCAUACGAGGUCUCUUUGACGAUGGCUCUUCAGCCCUGGAGCUGUUCGUUCUGCUGGAGGGGCUGCAGCCAGAAGAGCUGCCCGAGCGUCUGCUCGGUGGGCUGACGCUGUGUCACAUCGACAUGCGCAACGUUUGGUCGUCAUCGACCAGGCUGGAGCGUGCCUCCUGGCACUAUGUCCUCUAUCCCGUCGUUCUUGCAGGCAUUUCUUUCAUCCUCUUGGUGCAGCCUUCGUCCAUAUGCCGGUUUCGUUACAAGGCACAGAUCAUACGAGGUGUUGGCAGAACAUGCUUGGCUCCACUGUAUGCUGUGAGCUUCUGUGACAACAUGAUCGGUGAUGUGCUCACGAGUCUAGCGAAGCCGCUGCGGGACGUGCCGCCUGCAAUCUGUUACCUGAGCUCCCAUCAUCCACAGCUGCAGUCCUCGAUGGAGCGCUUCAUCCGGAACGGCAGCACCUGUCCAUCUUGGGAGGCCUCCUACGUGCAGCCACUCAUCGGAGGGGCUCCUUUCUGGUUCCGGCUGCUGCAGUGCGCGCGCCGAUACUACGACACAGGGCAGCGUCGCCACCUUUUGAACAUGGGCAAGUAUGCUGCAAGCCUGCUUGUGGUGGUGCUCAGCAGGCCGGGAUACCCGAAGUGGAUCGUCAUUCUGGCCUCGGCUGUCGCCACCUGUUAUGCUGCCAUCUGGGAUGUCACGAUGGAUUGGGGCCUUGGAGUCGAAGAAAUCUUCUUGGGCCGCUUAAAUGGGCACGGUGAUGGAGGGAUUCUCUCUCCCAGAGGCAGGCAUGAGAGCUAUGUGGGCGACUCCCCCCCGUCUUGGCAAGGGUCUGCUGUGGACCUCAACCUAAUGAGGCAAGCGCAGAACAGCCAGCCUUCGCGGCACUUUCCGCGAAGGGUUUAUUACGUUGCUAUCAUUAUGGACAUCCUCUUGCGGCUAACAUGGGUGCUGACCCUGAUGCCCGUGACAAUUCUUACCACCGACAUUGUUGCUCGUGAAAUACUGCAUUGCUUCAUGACGGUGGCAGAAAUUUUUCGUCGGACAUUCUGGGCCAUCCUUCGUAUCGAAUACGAGCAAGUGGCCAAUGCCAGUGGCUACCGCGCUCUUUUGUGGGUGCCGAUGAAAGUCGGGCAGCGCGCCGGCGAGACGGAGGUACGCACAGCAAGGGGUUGGAGGACUGGCAUAGCGCAGCGUCUGCUCAACUCGAGCGGAUAG